AUGACCGCCCAGCAGAAGCACUGGUUGGGGCGGAUGGAAGCGGGGAAUGAACCCAACUACGCUUUGAAGAAUGUGGGAAAUAAAGGUGAUACUAGAGAAUGGGACACUUUAAAACCCAGGGAGAAACAGAUUUGCAGUAAAUACAAGGCAGAGCCAUUGGAGUCUUUUGAGCCUCAGAACAGGAAAAUGGCAUUUCAGAAGACUAAUCUGGUGGCUAAGUUAUUAUGUGCCAAGAACCUUGCAAAGAAAGACUUCUUCAGACUCCCUGACCCUUUUGCAAAGAUUGUUGUGGACGGAUCUGGGCAGUGCCACUCAACGGACACUGUGAAAAACACAUUGGACCCGAAGUGGAACCAGCACUACGAUCUAUAUGUUGGGAAAACCGAUUCUAUAACCAUCAGCGUGUGGAACCACAAGAAAAUUCACAAGAAGCAGGGAGCUGGCUUCCUGGGCUGUGUGCGGCUGCUCUCCAACGUCAUCAGCAGAUUAAAAGAUACUGGAUACCAGCGUUUGGAUCUAUGCAAACUAAAUCCCUCAGAUACUGAUGCAGUUCGUGGCCAAAUAGUGGUCAGUUUACAGACACGAGACAGAAUAGGCACUGGAGGGUCUGUGGUAGACUGCAGAGGACUGUUAGAAAAUGAAGGAACGGUGUAUGAAGACUCAGGGCCUGGAAGGCCGCUCAGCUGCUUCAUGGAGGAACCAGCCCCUUACACAGAUGGUACUGGUGCUGCUGCGGGUGGAGGGAACUGCAGGUUUGUGGAAUCCCCAAGUCAAGAUUCAAGACUUCAGGCACAGCGACUACGGAAUCCUGAGGUCCGAGGGUCACUACAGACACCUCAGAACCGACCCCAUGGCCACCAGUCACCAGAACUGCCCGAAGGCUAUGAGCAAAGAACAACAGUGCAGGGGCAAGUGUACUUUUUGCACACACAGACUGGAGUUAGCACGUGGCACGACCCCAGGAUACCAAGAGACCUUAACAGUGUGAAUUGUGAUGAACUUGGACCACUGCCACCAGGUUGGGAAGUCAGAAGUACAGUUUCUGGGAGAAUAUAUUUUGUAGAUCAUAAUAACCGAACAACCCAGUUUACAGACCCAAGGUUACACCACAUCAUGAAUCACCAGUGCCAACUCAAAGAGCCCAGCCAGCCGCUGCCAUUGCCCAGUGAGGGCUCUGUGGAAGACGAGGAGCUUCCCGCCCAGAGAUAUGAAAGAGAUUUAGUCCAGAAACUGAAGGUCCUCAGACACGAACUUUCACUUCAGCAACCCCAAGCUGGGCAUUGCCGCAUCGAAGUUUCCAGAGAAGAAAUAUUUGAGGAGUCUUAUCGCCAGAUAAUGAAGAUGCGACCAAAAGACUUGAAAAAACGACUGAUGGUGAAAUUCCGUGGAGAGGAAGGUUUGGAUUACGGUGGAGUGGCGAGAGAGUGGCUUUAUUUAUUGUGCCAUGAAAUGUUGAAUCCAUAUUAUGGACUCUUCCAAUAUUCUACGGACAAUAUUUACAUGUUGCAAAUCAACCCAGAUUCUUCAAUCAACCCUGACCAUUUGUCUUACUUCCAUUUUGUGGGUCGGAUCAUGGGUCUGGCUGUGUUCCACGGACACUACAUAAAUGGGGGGUUCACCGUUCCCUUCUAUAAGCAGCUACUGGGGAAACCCAUCCAGCUCUCUGAUUUAGAAUCGGUGGACCCAGAACUACAUAAGAGCUUAGUGUGGAUUCUAGAGAACGAUAUCACCCCUGUGCUGGACCACACUUUCUGUGUGGAACACAAUGCUUUCGGGAGGAUUCUUCAGCAUGAACUGAAACCCAACGGCAGAAAUGUUCCUGUCACAGAGGAGAACAAGAAAGAAUAUGUCCGGUUAUAUGUAAAUUGGAGGUUUAUGAGAGGAAUUGAAGCCCAGUUCUUAGCUCUUCAGAAAGGCUUUAAUGAACUCAUUCCUCAACACUUACUGAAGCCUUUUGACCAGAAGGAACUGGAGUUGAUCAUAGGCGGCCUGGAUAAAAUAGACUUGAACGACUGGAAGUCCAACACUCGGCUGAAGCACUGCGUGGCCGACAGCAACAUCGUCAGGUGGUUCUGGCAGGCAGUGGAGACCUUCGAUGAGGAAAGGAGGGCCAGGCUCCUACAGUUCGUGACUGGGUCGACGCGAGUCCCUCUCCAAGGUUUCAAGGCUUUGCAAGGCGCCGCAGGGCCCCGGCUCUUCACCAUCCACCUCAUCGACGCCAACACCGACAACCUCCCGAAGGCCCACACCUGCUUUAACCGGAUCGACAUUCCACCCUAUGAGUCCUAUGAGAAGCUCUACGAGAAGCUGCUGACCGCAGUGGAGGAGACCUGUGGGUUUGCUGUGGAGUGAGGAGCAGCCAAAGGCUACAGAUUCUAGCUCACCACCACCAGACCAAAAGCAGAGAGCUUUCUGUGCGCCUCCUGCGAAGCUGGCUGAGGCACUGAGUUCUAGAUGACCUGAGGGAAAGGGUUGUCUCCCCUCCUUUUCGUUGGGGGAGCGAGGGGGGCGGGGGGACUUUGGUUGGUGGCUCCCACCCAUAUUUUCCUCCUUUUCCAUUACCCAUCCAAUAAAAUGCAGCCAGGUUUAGCAUUUGGCUUCGGUCACGCAGGGUAUUCUGCUGCGGUUGUACCACGUGGCGAUAGGCCCCCUGCCCUGUGUCUUUAUGGAGCAUCGAGCCGCGGUUAUGGAGCUGGGCCUGCUAACUGAGGGUUCAUAACUGGUAGCUCUGCUAGCUAGUGUGUCUCAAGAAGUCCUGAGGCCCCUCUGCAAGUUCAGUGGCUCGGUUCCAGAUUUCAUCCCAGCAGCCUGCUCUGGGCGGCAGAUCGAUUUCUAACUGAGAAAUAACUGUAUAAUACACGCUUAUUGGAAUUCUGCCACAGCAGGAAGCUUGAGUCAAAAAUGUGCUUCCCUUUUGGAGAGGUAAAGGAAUGGGGCAGCUUUCGCUGGAGACCUGUUUCUUUUCAGGGUAUCCUGGCUGAAAAAUUCGUUUCACGUAGAGAAAAAUGAUCUUUCCUUUUAAGAGACCCUUUUGCCGCAUUAUCUAUCCAGUUUGAAAUAUGUUUUUCAGUGAAAACACCACAUAAUGGAACUUAUAAAAGAACAGACCAAAACCAGCCUCAGAUCCACGCAGCCAGUCGCAAGCUGUGGCUCCUGCACCAUGUGUAUGUAGAAGAGCAUCGACUGGGUCCCUUGAAUACUAACAAACGGUGAUGCGGAAAUUGCUAAGAGCUGAACUAACAAAACAAAAUUCUGUUAUUGUAGCUGCUGGCUUUGUGCAGACUAGGUUAAAAGGAAGACGGGGUAUGGAUAACCUCGAUGACCUAAAUCCACCCCAAGUUGUUUUACACGAAUAGGGCGUGGGUGUAGACCUGGCAGCAGAGGGGCCCGUUCCACUCUGACCCAUUCGGCCCAUUUCCCCAACGUCAGACGGUGACACUAACAAUUGUACUCGAUUCACUUGCCCAGAUGUCUUCUUCGUAUGAUGAGCAAGGCCACAGCAAGCCUAACCCUGAGUUUCUAGCACUAUUUUCCAAUUUGCACGAAAGUUCAAACAGUAUUUCAACAAAGUGGCUUGAUUGGAGAUAGCUCAACUUCAGUGAAAAACUGCAGCAGCAGCAGCAGCUUCUCUGGGUGGUUUUUGGUGGUGGUUUUUGUUUUGGGGACAGGUGCAGGGUACUUCAUUAGCACGACAUUUCACUGUUGAAAUUUCGUUGUGGAAGUUUCCGAGUUAAGCGUUGGGAUCCAGCUGUGGGUCUGAGGUGGGUUUGGAAGAAGUUUUCGGCCGACCGUUUCACCUGUUCUUUUUGUCC